UAAAAGUUAUAAUUCAACAGAUGGGUUGGGUUGGCCUAGCAGUGAGUCGUAAAUGAGUAGUAAUUAUGAUGAAUAGUGACUAAACCAAUCAGUGAUGAAGUAAUAGAGAGUAACUAGACUAUGAGUGAAGAAGUAUAGAAAGUAACUAAACCAAUGAGUGAAAAGUAUUAGAAAGUAACCAGAUUAAUGAGUGAAGAAGUAUUAGAGAGUAAUCAAAUCAAUGAGUGAUGAAACGUUCAUCUGAUAAGAGGUGAUAAGUAUUUAGGGACGUGACCAAAGUUGCCAGAUGGUGGCAAGAAAAAAACGGCCAAACUGGCUCGCAAAAAGACCUAAACGGUCACAAUUAAAAUUUAGUAUUUAGAAUUAAUUUGUAGUUUACGGUGAAACAGUUCAAUUUUUAAGAUGUAUUAUAAUUUACAAAUUACACAAUUUUACGAGUAACAUAUAUAUUAGCCGGCCAACUCAAUUUGGAAAAAACAUAAAUCAGUGAAUUUGGCCUGAAAACGGCCAAAAUCAGCAAAUUUGGCUUGAAAAAAGGGCCAAAUCGACAAAUUUGGCUGGAAAAGGCUCAAAACGACCAAUUUAGCCUGAAAAAGACCAGUAUCAUUGAAUUUUACCGGUAAAAGGCCCAUCUUGUAAGCCUUGCCAGCUGCUGACGGGGCCGCAAUGGGCGUCAGGAAGCUGCAGAAGUUCAUGAUCCUCUUCGACAACUCCGGCCUCCUCUACUUCCCCGGCCACUUCAUCUCGGGACGCGUCAUCGUCGAACUCGAGGAUGACACUCCCGUCACGGGGGUGUACUUCCACGUGGUGGGGGAGGGCGUGGUGCGGGUGACCGACCGGCGCCAGCAGACGCUACGGGAGCGGGAGAACUACAUCGACUUCAGGAUGCGCCUCCUGGGAGAGCCUGACGCCAACUACCCCCUGGACUCAGAGAGCGUGGUCGCCUCCAGCAAGGACCAAGGACCCAUCCCGCUCUCCCCCGGCAUCCACAGUUUCCCCUUCAAGCUGGGGCUGCCCCUGGGGCUGCCCUCCACGUUCCUGGGCAAGCACGGCUGGGUGCAGUACUUCUGUAGGGCGGCGCUGAAGGAGGCGGGGGGCCUGACACACAAGAACCAGCAGGUCUUCAUCGUCAUGAACCCCAUAGACCUCAACCUCGAGCCUUCCAUACUCGCCGUAAGUACGUGUGGGUACUGGCGGGGUACAUCAGACGUACCCGUGCCUGUCUUACCGAGGUACGUGAGGGUACUGGCGGGGUACAUCAGACGUACCCGUGCCUGUCUUACCGAGACUAUUCAGUACAUGAGUGGCAACAAGGUGGUCGAGACGGAGCUGCGGGAGCUGGCGAGUGCCGCGAGGGGCAGGAUACCCACGGGGGGCACGGACUACGUACCCGUGCCUGUCUUACUGAGGUACGUGUGGGUACUGGCGGGGUACAUCAGACGUACCCGUGCCUGUCUUACUGAGUUCAUCAUCGAGCCUGCAGGGCUGGAGAAGGCCGUGAAGCUGCAGCUGCCCAUCAUGCUAGCGACCUACCCGCACCGCGACCCCGACGCCCCGGCCCUCAAGCGCGACGCCCACUACCCCCACAGCCUGCCCGUCUGCAGGCCAUGGCUGCAGGACAAGGAUGAUGUGUAGGCCAUCAUCCUUAUCAUUACGGGGUCUAUCAUUACAUGUUGGAUAUGUAUGCUGUGUAGUGCGUCGUUAUCAUUACGUAGCGUCUGCUCAUGUGUUUCAACAAACAUCAUGUUCACUUCAACGUUCACGCUAUUUACUCGCUAAUAUCUCACACUAAUGUCAUGUUCACGCUAUUUACUCACUAAUAUCUCACACUAAUGUCAUGUUCACGCUAUUCACACGCUAAAGUCAUGUUCAUUCCCAUGUUCACGCUAUUUACUCGCUAAUAUCUCACAUUAAUGUCAUGUUCACGCCAUUCACACGCUAAAAUCAUGUUCAUUCCCAUGUUCACGCUAUUUACUCGCUAAUAUCUCACACUAAUGUCAUGUUCACUCUAUUCACACGCUAAAGUCAUGUUCAUUUCCAUGUUCGCGCUAUUUCUUUCAUUCCUCUUUUUCUUUCCCAAUAAAAACGCUUUUAACUAAUAAUAAUUGGCCUUAAUAUGGCCGAGAUAUUACAUUCCGUUGUCGAUUAAUUAGUCGUAGUGCGUGAGAAUGUCACCGUUGAUGUUCUUAUUAUCAAUAAUGAGUAGUUAAUUCGUAUGUAUAGUUCAGGGACUUCGCUCAAAAUAAGUUAAGCUUAUGAUUUUUUUUUAAUUUAACUAACGAGUGUGGUUUUAUGUUAGUAGGUUGAUUGUUUCUCAGGUUCCACAAAUCGUUGAUAUAUCAACAGAAAUUUUUUCUAUAUUAUUGAAAAAUUUCGGGUUUGAGUCGACGAAAUCAUCAUCUUUCCUGUAAUUAAUAAAGACAAAACUAAAGUCAAAACGCUAAAAAACCUCGCUACGUCGUUCUCAGCGUCAAAUUAACAUGUCAAAAAGAAAUUCUGAUAAUCGAAGGGUAACUUCAAUAUUAAAUAACAUUAAAAGAUUGUUUAACUGGUACUAGUUUCCUGGUCUGAUCUUCAUGUCCUCUUGCUAUUGAUUGCUUAUAUAUUGGCUCCUAAUUUUAUUAUUUAUAAAGUUCUGAACUCAAUCAUUGCUACUAGAUUUGGCCUUCAUUAAAUUGUCCUCGUGUACAUAGGUAAUAUUAACUCUAUAGAAGCCUUCAUGGAAGGAAGUCCAAUACGUUUACAGCUUAACGUAAUAAUUCAAUAUUGUACAUAGGCUGUCUCAAAAAAAUUACUGAUUAAUAAUGCCCUAAUAUUCA